AUGUCAUUAGAUAAUUGUAAAAAAGUAGCAGCAUAUAAAGCAGUUGAUGAUUUUGUUAAAGAUGGUUGUAAAAUUGGUAUUGGUAGUGGUAGUACAAUAAAGUAUGCAGUUGAUAGAAUUAAAGAAUUAGGAUUAAAGAAUGUAAUUUGUGUACCAACAUCAUUUCAAUCUACUCAAUUAAUUGUUGAAGCAGGAUUAGAGUUAUCAGAUUUAUCACGUACACCAGAAUUGGAUAUUACAAUCGAUGGUGCAGAUGAAGUGGAUAAGGAUUUUAAUUUAAUUAAAGGUGGUGGUGGUUGUCAAUUACAAGAGAAGAUCGUUGCAUACUCUUCAAAGAAAUUAGUUAUUGUUGCAGAUCAUACAAAGGAAUCAACAGAGUUGGGUGAAAAUUGGAAAAAAGGUAUCCCAAUUGAAGUGGUACCAAUGGCUUACGUACCUGUAAUGAAGAAAUUAGAAAGUUCAUCAUUUUCAUUGACUCCAAAAUUACGUAUGGCCGUAAAUAAAGCUGGUCCAGUUGUAACUGAUAAUGGUAAUUUCAUAAUCGAUGCUCAAUUCUCAAAACCACUAUCAAAUAUUCCACAAUUAGCAAUUGAUAUUAAAAUGAUUCCAGGUGUUGUUGAAACAGGUUUAUUUGUAAAUAUGACUAAAAUUGCUUAUUUCGGUCAAACUGAUGGUACUUGUAAAGUUAAAUCAAUUUAA